UGCCGGCGGCGCACACGUCGUGCGUAGCGGUGACGUCACGGCGCGGCGGACACGCGCGCGCACGCGGUGCCGCGGCGUACUGACGUCAGCGGUCCCGCGAGGGCGGUGCGAGGCAAAAAUCACACCUCAGCGACCUGUUGUGAGGCAACCCAAGCGGUGAGCAGUGGACAGCCAUACCGUCUUGGAGAAGAUGCACCGAUGCAAAGAUAAAUCAUGAGGACAUCAUUGAACCAUUGUCCAUCCCCAGUUGUGCUGAAUCUGCUGAUUCACUUUCUGUAACUGAGUCCGCCAUGUUGGUAUGGAACUGGAUACACAUAGGACAGACUAGGACCAUGUGGAUAAUUGAGAACAGUUUGAUUGAUCCUGAAGGAUAAGCUCUUGAGACAAAUGGAUACUGAAGCACAAAAUAGACCAAAGGACCUUGUCUUACCCAGUUCGACACAAGAAUUGACGGGACCUGCGAAAUAUUAUCUCUGUGGCUUCUUUGCAGCUUUCAAUAACAUUGCUAUCACCUUCCCCAUUCAGAAAGUACUGUUUCGACAACAGCUGUAUGGACUAACGACAGUGAAUGCUAUCCGGCAGCUAAAGCAGGAUGGCUUUCGCAAUCUUUAUCGAGGAAUUCUGCCACCACUCCUGCAAAAGACUACAACUGUGGCAUUGAUGUUUGGCUUGUAUGAAGACUUCUCCUGUCUCUUGAAGAGAACAACUAAUGCUCCAGAACUGUUCAAUCAGAGUGUGUCUGCAGUAUUGGCAGGGACUGCAGAAGCAGUUCUGACACCAUUUGAGAGAGUACAGGCUUUGCUGCAGGAUCGCAGACAUCAUAACCGAUUCAAAAAUACCUUCCAUGCCUUCAAGGUUUUGAGAGCCUAUGGUAUUAAAGAAUAUUACAGAGGCCUUGUACCAAUACUUCUCCGUAAUGGACCCAGUAAUGCAUUGUUCUUUGCUUUGCGAGGGCCUAUCAAGCAGUCCCUGCCAGAAGCCACUACGUACAGUAUGAAUGUUCUCAAUGACUUCAUCUGUGGGGGAUUUCUGGGGUCACUGCUCGGCAUAAUAUUUUAUCCAAUCAAUGUGGUGAAAGCACGUAUGCAGUCACAGGUUGGAGGGGAAUUUCAGACUUUUGCAAAAGUCUUCAUGAAAAUCUGGACUGAAAGGGAUGGCAAAGUGUCCCACCUAAUGAGAGGUGUAUACCUCAAUUAUCACCGGUCAAUUUUAUCAUGGGGCAUAAUAAAUGCAACCUAUGAGAUUUUGCUUAAGGUUCUCUGAGAGAACUUUUCAGUAUCCAUUGCUUAACCUGAGUAACAUUUUCAGCUCUGUACUUUAGUGUUUAACAUUUUCUCUCAAACCAACUGUUGUGUAGAAUUUCUUUUCAAUUCCAUCAUUGAAUGUACUUUGAAGCAACUUAUUCCUAUGGGUGCGGAGGCAUACAGAGUCCAACUUCAAGUAAAUGAGGCCAGAUGCCUGUUUGCAAAAUACUUUGAAUAAUUCUUGAAGAUAUUGGGCUUUUGUUUCAUAUUGGCAGAAGAGUAAGGAUCACAAGCCAAGUUGAGUGACAAUGGCAAAUGUUUCAAAGUAACAAUUCCACCCACCUACCUCAAAGAGGUUGUAUCAUAGCCCUUCUGAUUUUUUUUCCUCCUAUGCUUUGUUGUUCUCUCUCUUUUUCAGAACGUUUAACCCUCUAUUAUGACUGAAAACUUUUAUGUAGUCCUAAAAGAGCCUGGGUCAUUUUUAAUUGAAAUUGUUUUCAUUAUUUCAGGAAUGGUAUGAUGUCUACCUGUUCUUUCUUCACUGUUAAGUUGUCUUAACUUUAACUUGCCUUUAAGGUGGUUUAUAUACAGUGCAUUACUGAAUAUUUGGCUAACAUUGCAUACACCAUACACCAUACACCAUGUUUUGGUCACCACCUGGUAAUUUGGAUCACAUCUGUAAUUGUUUGCCCAAUUUUUCGAGCAGGUAGCUCAGUGCUGUGUUAUCUGCCCUUGUUUAUCACUCACUGAAAUGCACAGUCCAGUAUUCUGAUCAAAUUUGUUUUCAAGUGACCUUUAAUUUUUAAUUACUUUGUUACAUUGGUUGAAGAUGUUGCAAAAGAUGUCAAAAAUACGAAUUCUAGUGCAAGGUUUAGUGAGCUCUUAAUUUUUCGAAGCAGUCUAGCAUAAUGUAAAUGUGCUUCAGAAUUGAGUCCACGCGCUGAACUUCUUGUCUGUGUAUAUAUAUUACAUUUUUAUCUUGAAUCAACUUUUGCAUCUUUGCUGAAAAUUAUAUUAAAAUGAAUAUGUGUACUGGA